UUCGAACGUUCAUGGAACCUGAGGUAACGAUAGAUGAAGAAACCAAGCAAGAAUUACCCAAAGAAGCACCGAGCCCUUGCAAGAUUUGUGGCCUCACUUUCCCAACACACCGUAGGAUCAAAAAGCACAUGAAAACCCACAAUGUUGAAAUGAUGUUCGAAUGUAAAUACUGUGAUAAAGAGUUCAAGCACGCGAGCAUCUUGACAACUCAUAUGAGGACUCACACCGGUGAAAAGCCUUGUGUAUGCAACGUAUGUAAUAAAGCCUUCAUCACCCCGCACACGCUCAAACAACACAUGUACAUACACGAAGGUAAACGGGAUUAUAAAUGUAACUUAUGUGGAAAAUCUUUUACCUACUCGAGUAAUUUAUCAAGACACAUGCGUUUUCAUACUGGAGAACGCCCCCACAAGUGCAAUACAUGUGAAAAGUCAUUCACCACGUCCGGUGAUCUAACAAAACAUCUACGAGUGCAUAUUGAUGAAAAGCCUUUCGUAUGUUCUUUAUGCGAGAAGGCUUUUGGGAGUUCAUACUCUUUAGCUUGUCACACUAGGACACAUACUGGAGAUCGUCCUUAUAAGUGCGAUGUGUGUGAUAAAUCCUUUGCGAUUUCAAGUGGCUUAUCGAGGCAUGCAAGGACUCAUAGUGGUUUCAAGCCGUUCAUAUGUACGUUUUGUGGUAAACUGUUUGUGGAUUCGACUGCGCUUGCACAGCAUCUUAGGACUCAUACAGGGGAAAGGCGGUAUAAAUGUGAUAAGUGUGAUAAAGCAUUUGUUCAAUCGGGGCAUUUGAAGACACAUAAAAGGACAAUACACCAAGAAACUAUAUAA